GAAAUAAGCGCCGGCAACUUCGGUUCAGAAACAGAUUUUCGGCUUCGGAUACCAGAGACUGGUAGUAUAUAUAAAUGGCUAUGGAACUCCAGUUUCUCCUGGCUUUGAGCGCGUUAUUAUUUGCAACGACUGUAGCGAGAGAAUUUUUCAAGGCUGCUGUGUUUGAACACGCCCGGCAAGGAAAUGCAAGCAUAGACUCGGCAGAAAGCGUAAUCGCCGCCAAUUUAGACUACUAUAGAAAAGCAGGAGCUGUUGCCAAAGAAAAAGGAGCUGAACUGAUUCUUUUCCCUGAAUACGGAAUCUUUCCGCCAAGCACCGAGAGACGUGAAAUAAAAAAAUUUGUGGAAUACAUUCCUGAUCCAAAAUUGCACCGCACAAAUCCAUGCGAUGAACGGAAGGUGUAUAUUAAUAGGCCAAUAUUAUACACAUUAAGCUGCAUUGCGAAAGAAAAUAAUUUAAUCGUGGUAGCUAAUACUGGAGAUAUUCAACCUUGCGAAGGAAAACCAGACUGCCCAGAGGAUGGUGUUUAUCAAUUUAACACUAACGUUGUUUUCGAUAAAGAUGGUAAUCUAAUUUUUCGUUAUUACAAAGAGCAUUUAUUCUUCGAACAAGGAAUGGAUCUUCCGAAGUUAAAUCACGAUCCUGUAUUUAAAACCGAUUUAGGAACAUUCGCAACUUUCGUUUGUUUUGAUAUCGUUUUUAAAAGAAUCGCCGAAGUGUCUCGCUAUACAGACGUUGAUGCAAUUCUGUUUUCUACAUUUUGGAUGAAUUCGUUUGCAAUGCAUACUUCCAUACAGUAUUUUGAAGCAAUGGCUUUAGGCAACAAUAUUACUUUUCUAGCCUCUAAUCUUCAGCUACCAGGAUAUUCAGCUACAGGAAGUGGGAUCUUCACCAGCCAAAAUGGACCUUUAGCGUACACUCUUAAUCCAGACGGGAUAUCAAAGCUCGUGGUUGCCAAAGUUCCUCUGAGAUCUGCUCAAAAUGCAAUUCAGGAUUCAUAUGAAUCCAGCGUGACACUCAUCACCAAAAAUGGACCUAGAGAUUGGGAAUGGGAGGAUGACGGGAGAGAUCUUCCUGAAGAAUGUGACUACAAGAAACUUGGUGCAGCAAAAGAUCUCUAUAAGGAUUACAGAUGCAUGAAGGACGUACUGGACAACUAUACGGUAAUUGAACUUACUGAACCAAGUGGCUACGUAGAAGCUUGCAAGAAUGGUAUGUGCUGCUCUGUGAACUACUCAACUGAUGGGUUAAAGGACAAUUUCUUUUUGGGCGUUUUUAACGGAACUCAUAAUUCCUUCAAUCGAUAUUAUUGGGCAGAAGAAAAUUGUUUCUUGGCACGGUGCGAUUAUCUAGAUGGAAAACGUUGCAAUUCUUCAAUAAAGUCAAGCACUCUUUUUCAUAGUUUGCAUUUGACAGCAAAUUUUUCAACAGAAUAUGUUUACCCAUCUAUGAUGAGUAUCGGCUCUCGACUAGUUCCAAAAAGCAACUGGAGAUUCGAUGGCGAUAUCGAUCAGCGAUCUAUUAAGUUUGAAAACAAAGAAGGAAUAAGCUUGUUGAUAACUAGUUUCAAGGGUCGCUGCUAUGAUAGAGAUCUUCCGUAUAUAAGAUAAAUUAUGUUAUUUUCCCAACUAGGAAAUGUUCGAAAUUCGGUCUGUAUAGAAGAUUGGAUUGCUUUAUCAGCGUGAUUAUCAC